ACAAAAUAUUUGAGGUCACCAAUUGAGGACACUAGAACCAUAACAAAUUUCAAAUGCGCAUACAAAAUUUUCUUCCACUCUUCAAAACCACGCGAAUUCUAAUCUGAACUUCAACACUCCGAAGAACAAAAAUGCUACUCCUUCCCGUGCUUUCUCUCUCUCCCUCCUUCCCCUCUCUCGCUUCGAACCGUUAUCUCCAAUUUCGACCUCGUCGGAGCCGCCGCGUCGUCCGAUGCGCCGCCCCGGAUUCCGGUGGCGAUGAGUUCACGGCGAAGUCGGGGUACCUGUUCGAGCUGAGCGCCACGGAGGCGGAUUCGCUGGGGGAAUACCGGAUACCGAAAAUCGCGGCCGUAUACUCGCGGAAGCCUCUGCUCGUGGCUCGCCGCUUGGUGCAGACCGGCGUCGCGUUCGGGAAGUGGUUCGGUCUCCGCUACAUCGAUACUCUCUUGGACCGCUCCGAGUCAAUGUUUCAGGUUAGAGCUGCAGAGCUGAGGAAGAUAUUGGUGGAGCUUGGGCCGGCAUAUAUCAAAAUUGCCCAGGCUAUAUCAUCCCGUGCUGAUUUGAUACCACCAUCAUAUCUAGAUGAGCUUUCACUGCUACAAGAUCGAAUAAGUCCAUUUUCCUCUGAAGUUGCUUUCAGUAUGAUAGAACAAGAACUGGGUUUAUCUUUGGUAGAACUUUUCUCAGAGAUUUCACCUGAGCCAGUAGCUGCUGCAUCCCUUGGGCAGGUUUAUCAAGCUAGGCUUCGCAAAACAGGACAGGUUGUUGCUGUUAAAGUGCAAAGACCAGGAGUUCAAGCAGCAAUUUCCCUUGACAUAUUAAUCUUGCGUUUUAUGGCAGGAUUGAUUAGGAGAGCUGGCAAGUUUAAUACAGAUCUUCAGGCAGUUGUUGAUGAGUGGGCAUCAAGUCUUUUCCGGGAGAUGGACUACAAUAAUGAAGCAAGCAAUGGUAUCAAGUUCAGGAACUUAUAUGGUUCUAUACCAGAUGUGGUGGUUCCAUUAAUGUAUACGGAAUACACUACUCGCAAGGUCCUAGUUAUGGAAUGGAUUGAGGGGGAAAAGUUGUCUGAAGUGAAGGAUCUCUACCUGAUUGAGGUAGGAGUUUACUGCUCAUUCAAUCAACUUCUUGAGUGUGGGUUCUAUCAUGCAGAUCCACACCCUGGAAAUCUUCUUCGGACAUAUGAUGGAAAAUUGGCUUAUUUAGAUUUUGGUAUGACUGGUGAGUUCAAACAAGAAUUACGCGACGGAUUCAUCGAAGCUUGUCUACAUCUUGUAAACCGUGAUUUUGAUGCAUUGGCCAAGGACUUUGUCACUCUUGGGCUUCUUCCACCAACUGCAGACAAAGAAGCUGUUACAAAGGCUUUGACAGGGGUCUUCCAAAAUGCUGUUGCCAAAGGAGUUAGCAAUAUCAGCUUUGGAGACCUUUUAGGAAACUUAGGAACCACCAUGUAUAAAUUCAAAUUUAGGAUACCAUCAUACUUCUCUCUGGUCAUUAGAAGCCUUGCUGUACUGGAAGGAAUUGCAAUCAGCUUUAACCCUGAGUACAAAGUUUUGGGUAGUACUUACCCUUGGAUUGCUCGAAAAGUACUUACUGACAACUCUCCUCAGCUUAAAUCUUCUUUAGAGACCCUUCUUUAUAAGGAUGGAGUUUUUAGAAUAGACCGUCUAGAGUCUUUGGUGACAGAGUCUCUCCGUGCCAAAACAGAAAAGGCCAUAGUAAAACAAACUGAAGGCACUGAUUCGACAAUGGUUAUGAAGGAAAUUCUUUCUUUUACACUAACAGAAAAGGGUGAAUUUGUAAGGGAAAUAAUUGUUCAAGAAUUUGCUAAAGGUUUAGAUGCACUUGGUCUAGCAACCAUGGAGACAGCUGCUGCCAGAGUUCCUUUCAGUAGUUUCUUUUAUUCCCCUUUAAUGACUAAAGAAGAUAUAAUCAACUUGAGAAACUUCCGACGCCUUAUGCUAUUGCUGUUGGGGGCCAGAAGAAAAGAAGAAUCCAGUACAGAAAGCAGACAGGCGAGUCCUGACAAGAAUCAAAUACUGUACAUGGAGGAGUUGUCGUUAGUUUUAAAUCAAGUUGAAUCCAUUCAAGACAUUCUUCCUAUAAUUUCUGUCAUUCUUGAGCUCCCACCAGAAUCCCAGCAGCAAUUGCUUCAAUUGCCAGUUAACUUGGUUAGAAAGUUAAUAUCUCGUGCUGCUGCAAGAACUGUAAGGAGGGCCUUUUUAUAACAUGGAUGAAGUAGCUGAAGCUGAAAUCUUUUUGUACUUCUCAACAAGUGACCGGAGAACAUUGAAAAAUAAAUAAGGCUUUAUGACAAGGCCUUUAAUCCUUAAUGCUUCAAUACACUGUUGAUUCAACAACAUAUUCUUCGCUUUCAAUUUCAUUUUUUUUUUAUUAAUUUUAUCUUCGUUGUAAGUAUUUAUAGGUUUGCUUUUUCAAAUGGUUGUAAGGUAGUUAGGACUAUAGAAAACUAAAGUUUAAUAUAAGAAUUCAUAUUUUGUUCCAAAUAGUAA